GUCACGAGACCGGAAUUUCAAUCAAGGGCGUCCAAAUUAGAGAAAGAGUCGGUAUUCCAGAUACGGCCAAUUACGAUAACAUUUACCAAAUGAAAUAAUUCAUUUCUUGCGCAAGAUAUUAUCAUUGUAAACGAAUUCUCGACUGACCUAUGGCGUUAGCGCUAUUAUAAUCUAUUACAUGCUGUUUUCUGUUGAUUUUGCCAUAAUUUGCCCCAGAAGGCACACCGAUAACUCUGUAUCGCUAUCGGCGUAAUUUGCGAUAAAAAAGUGAUUACCUAAUUUAGUAUUUUCAAGUUCACAGUCCAGUCAUGAACAAGGCACAACUAUAUGUGGAGCUCAGUAAAAAAAAUGAAAAGGACGCCGAACGUGUUUUUAAAAAAUGUGCAGGGAUUGUCAAGUGGAAGGACGACUGCGCCGUUUUGGACAUCGGGUGCGGCCCGGGAAACGUAACAAACAAUGCGCUCGUGCCGGCCCUUCCCAAAGCGGCGCUUAUCGUCGGGAUUGACAAACAGGGCGCGCUGGUCGAUUACGCAAACGCGAAGUACGCGACCAACGACUCCAGGUUGAAGUUCGAGAACGUGGACGUCGUCUCCGAUGGCGCCUUCGUAGCGAAUCACCGGGAAGUCUUCCACCACAUCUUCUCGUUUUACUGCUUCCACUUCGUGAGGGAAUUGGAGCUCGCUCUAAGAAAUAUCUACACCAUGUUGAAGCCGGGUGGAAGUUUCGCCUUCACGUGCUCGAUGCACAACAACUUCUUCUCGAUAAUGUCGCACAUGGCCAAAAUGGAAAAGUGGACCCCGCACAUUUCCCAAUACGAAAACUAUUUAAACCCCUACGAGUCGACCCCACACCCUGACGAAGAUAUCCGCGCGGUACUGCUGAAAGUAGGCUUUCAGGUGAUGGACAUCACCAUGGAUCCGCACCACUGGAAGAUUCCAUUCGCCGAUGCUUCAGAAUUUGUCGUUUCACGAGUCCCAUUUGAACUUCCCGGCGAGAUCCAGCGGGAAUUCGGUUCGGAGUCGGCAGAUGUAAUUCGAGCCUUGCGAUUGAACGACGUUGAUGAGAAUGGAACGGAAUGCUACAACCUUAAAUUUACUGCAUUGGAGUGUCUAGCAGUCAAACCACCCUUAGUUUGAGGGUUAAGUACACACUCUGUUCACAGUUCCAAGUGAUUUGCUCUUAUAUAAAGUUGUAAUGACAUCAUUGCUC